GCGGGGCCCCGCCCCUCGCCCCCUUUGUCCGCGGUUGGGCGCCAUCUUGCGCGGCGGGCGAGUGCGGGCGCUGAUUGGGCUUCGGGGCCGCGCGGCGGAGCCAAUCAGCGCGGGGCGCGGAGCGGAGCGCGGCACGGAGCCAGCCCAGGGUCCUGUGGCCAUGGAGCAGUACACGGCCAACAGCAACAGCUCCACGGAGCAGAUCGUGGUGCAGGCCGGGCAGAUCCAGCAGCAGCAGCAGGGAGGUGUCACUGCUGUCCAGCUGCAGACUGAGGCCCAGGUGGCAUCGGCCUCAGGCCAGCAAGUCCAGACCCUGCAGGUAGUGCAGGGGCAGCCGCUGAUGGUCCAGGUGAGCGGCGGGCAGCUCAUCACCUCCACCGGGCAGCCCAUCAUGGUGCAGGCCGUGCCCGGCGGGCAGGGCCAGACCAUCAUGCAGGUCCCGGUGUCGGGCACGCAGGGGCUGCAGCAGAUUCAGUUGGUCCAGCCAGGUCAGAUUCAGAUUCAAGGUGGGCAGGCUGUGCAGGUACAGGGGCAGCAGGGCCAGACCCAGCAGAUCAUUAUACAGCAGCCCCAGACUGCAGUUACUGCUGGCCAGACACAGACCCAGCAACAAAUAGCAGUGCAAGGCCAGCAGGUCGCCCAGGCUGCUGAGGGCCAGACCAUCGUGUACCAGCCCGUGAACGCCGACGGCACCAUCCUGCAGCAAGUUACAGUCCCUGUUACAGGCAUGAUCACCAUUCCAGCAGCCAGCCUGGCUGGAGCACAGAUUGUCCAGACAGGAGCCAACACCAACACCACCAGCAGUGGCCAAGGGACAGUCACAGUGACACUGCCAGUGGCUGGAAACGUUGUCAAUUCAGGGGGAAUGGUCAUGAUGGUGCCUGGAGCUGGGUCAGUCCCAGCCAUCCAGAGAAUCCCUUUGCCCGGGGCAGAGAUGCUGGAGGAGGAGCCCCUCUAUGUGAAUGCCAAGCAGUACCACCGCAUCCUGAAGAGGAGACAGGCACGGGCUAAGCUGGAAGCAGAGGGAAAAAUUCCCAAGGAAAGAAGGAAAUACCUGCACGAGUCCCGGCACCGGCACGCCAUGGCCAGGAAACGGGGAGAGGGGGGACGCUUCUUCUCCCCCAAGGAAAAGGACAGCCCUCACAUGCAGGAUCCCACUCAGACCAACGAAGAAGCGAUGACACAGAUGAUCAGAGUCUCCUAACCACUGCUUCCAGGAGAAAAGCACCUGGAUGGAAUUCCCAGACCUCCUGCCAGUCUGUCCUGCCUGUCCAGUGUGUCCAGCGAGCCUUUGAGUGGGACAAUCACCCUGUCACAGCCUGUCCUUUCCUACAGAACAAGCACCACGUGUUCAGGGCGUGGUUGAGAUUUUAACAACAGAAACUUCCAGACUUCCUUGGUGCACUCUCCUGAUGCAGCACAGGGAAUUUGGAGUCUCACUGCUCGUCAGCUGCACCACAGGACUGUGUUUGCCCAGCAGAGUCUUAUUUCCAUCCACUCCUGACACCUUUGGACUUUGUUUCCCUGAACUGGUCUCUGUUGUUGCACUUCUGGACCUGGCAGAAACUGAAGGGGAUUCUUUUCAGUUCCACCUUGUAAAUGUGUAAAACAACAAACUCUUCUCGGGGAAAGGUUCAGCCAUCCAGUCAAUGAGAGAAAUACUCAAGAUUACUGCAGGACUUGGUGUAUUGUGUGUCUGUUCCAAGAACUGAGGUGGGAAAGGGUGAUGUGGGGAGAAGGAUUUCAUUAGUAAAAGCAGUCUCUGGGGGGUUUUUAUAUGUUUAUUGCCAGUAGUUGUUUCUUUGGAAGAAAACUGGAUGCAAGUAUAAAAGUGAUUUAAACUUUUAAGUGAGUCUCUUCCAAAGGGUUUUUUGUUUUAAACCUUCCCUCUAACCUGCCAGUCGAGUGCAGAGUUCCUUCAGAAGACAUCAAAUCCUCAGUCUCAGAGUGUUGGCACUUGAUCAGCUUCAUGAUGGUAUUUCUUGAUGCCCAGAUCCAAUCUACAAUUCUCCAGAGUGAGGGAUGUUCCAUUACAGCAGCAGCUGGGGCAGCUCAUCUCAUCCUGAGGUACCUGAAGGACUGUUAACAAAUGAAGGCAGAUACUGAAGAACCUUUCAGGCUUUAUUAUAGGUUAUUCUCUUUAAAACAAAAAAAGAAGUGACACUUAAUGAAAGAGGAGUACUUAGGACUUUU